AUGAGCCGAUCACAGGAAGCCGUCGACCUCUUCAAGGAGGUCCAGCGUGUCUUCUCCCUCACCACCCUGGGAGAUGACAGAUGGUACUUUAUCCCACCGCCGCAUCUCUCACUCAUGAUGACGAUGAUGAGGAGGAAUGCAACUAUUUAUUACCCGACUUGGCGAUCAAUUUGCUUCUUCGUAUACCAUCGGAUGCACGGAGAGUGCCGAUUGAUUGAAAUAACUGCUGGGGGAGGGGGAAAGACAGAGAGGAAAAAGCAAGGCAUCGCCGCUUUGUCUGGUGCUGGUGAGCCGGAGUACGUCGUCCAGCUGUACUCUCAUCUCAUAGAGCAGCCAGAGUACGCUACGCCAGAGUCACGGCCGCGGCUAGUCCGUCGUCUGCGUGAGGCGUUGGUCAAGUGCGUGCCCAUCAUCGGUGUCUGUCGUCCCCUCGAGGCCAUCCUGGGUAUAGCGAAGGUCGAAAAGGAGGAGGAUAAAGAUUACUCUUUCUCUAGAGAACAUUGGCAGUCCGGGGAACAGAACCAUGAGCGAGGAAUGUCAUGGCUGAGCCGGAUCUACCAGAGCAAUCUUGACGGCAUCCAGCACUCGCUCGCUGCCCACAGGGAUUUCUGUACGCUUACACCCCCCCAGCAUUCUCCUUACCAUGUUCUUGGUACUGACGUAAACGGAUAG